UGUUGGAAAAUGUCUUUUCUGAAAAUAAAGAAGAAAGAGGAAGACUUUGCACUCAGCCGGCCUGUUUUUAUUUUAACUCUUAAAUUGUUGAAUAAAAAAUAUAGCUUAGUGACUUUGAGCAUAAGAGUCAAAUGCUAAGAAGGAUGAGCACCUUUACUGGUCAGAAGCUGGCGGCAGUGGUCAAGGAGCUGGAGAACUAUGCACCCACAAAGUUGGCGGAGAAAUGGGACAACGUGGGACUGCUCAUUGAGCCACAUAAGGAGAAACCCAUUAAAAAGAUACUCCUGACCAACGAUUUAACGGAGCCCGUGAUGGGAGAAGCUUUGGAAAAGAAUGUAGAUCUGAUAAUCAGCUAUCAUCCACCGAUAUUCAGGCCCCUGACCAGGAUCACGCAAUCCAACUGGAAGGAACGUGUGGUGGCCGCCUGUUUGGCCAAUAAUGUCGCUCUUUAUUCGCCUCAUACUGCCUGGGAUAAAACCUGUGGCGCGGUCAACGAUUGGCUCUCCAAAGCGGUCGUCAUCCAGAGCAUUAGGCCUCUGGAACCUGAGUUGGGCGCUCCCCCAGGCACCGGAUCUGGGCGAUUCAUAGAGACUGACAUGACAGUUCGUCAGUUGGUGGAGUCCCUCCAAAAACACAUCCAGAACAGUGUGCACCUUGCUUUGGCGGUGAAUCACACACCCAACACCUUAAUCAAGACCGUUGGGAUUUGUGCCGGUUCCGGAGGAUCUCUUUUAAAAGGCGUCGAAGCAGAUCUCAUCAUUACUGGGGAGAUGUCCCACCACGAGCUGCUGGAAUUCAAUCACAAUAAUACCACGGUGCUUCUUUGCAAUCAUAGCAACUCGGAAAGAGGGUUUCUUAAAGAAUUUUCCCCCAAACUCAGAGAACUUUUGAAGGAAGAAUGUGAGAUCCUUGUCUCUGAAAAGGACAAGGAUCCUUUAGUCACUGUGACCAAUACUGAUACGAUUUGUGAUCUUUCCCAUAAAGCUCUACAAUAAAGCACAUAAUUGCAUUGUUAUAAACAAUAAAGUAAAGUUGACUAAAUAA